AAUUUUUGUGUAGUCGCCAUAUUAGCGGCACGCGGUGAACCACAGUUUCUUAUAAUAUUUUCGUCGGUAGCGACGAAAGGGAGUAGAAUCUACUCCCUUUUUUGUGUAAAGAGUUUUGCAACAACCCAUUACCGCUAAGGUAAAGUGUAUUUCUACAAAGGAUUAAUUUUUUUCCUUGUGUCGGAUUAUAAACAUGGCUUUCUAAAAUGUCGCCCUUUUACGUAAAAUCGUCAUCUCCUCGGGGAGCAUCCCGCUCAGCUGUUUUUGUGGAUGUUGGAAGAAUCCAAAAUGGACAAGAAGUCUAUCAACCGCUCAUCUCAACUACAAUCGAGGGCUUCGGCCGUCGAUGGUAAAAAAAGUACGGAAUUAACGCACAAACCUUGGCCAAAAAACAACAAGAAACGCGAAGGUCCUGGAAGCGCUCCUAAAAAUGAGCCUAAUCGGAAGAAUGUACCAGCGCAGAGGGGUCGGUGUCAAAUUGACCGGAGACCUCGGGCUCGCGGGGCCCCCAACUACGCUUUGGGUGGAGCGGAGAUCGCCAGGUUAGGAGAUGAUGAAGACCCUGAAAUAGGGUCUGUGUAUGCACCUGGAAGCAAGAAGCAAAACUGGAACCAUUUGCUGAACUUCAUGUAUACUCCCCGCGGGGGUACGGACAGAAGAGAUCCAGUGCCGCGUCGUCAGGGUGUCCAGAGAACUGCACACCGGCAUAGUCACGAUCUCUAUCUGCGUGCUUAUUGCCAGUUUGUGGUGAAAGAGGAUGGAGACUACAGGGCUAACAUACUGGAUCCUGAUGUGCCUAUCAAGUGGGAGCAAAUUGAAGAGAUUGUGGUUAGAAGCACCGGGAGCACCGAGUGCCCUAUCUGCCUGGGAGCUCCAGUGGCGGGCCGCACCGGUCUCUGUGGCCACGUGUAUUGCUGGCCCUGUGUCAUGCAUUAUGCUGAGACUCAUGACAAACAACCACCACCAUGUCCAGUCUGUCAUGCACCUCUUCAGGUCAAAGAUAUGAAGCCAACAAGGGUGGUGCAAUGGGAAUCACCUGCCGAGGAGAUAAGCAUGCGUUUGGUGCGGCGUCUGCGGGGUUCCACGGUGGUGGAGGUGGCGCCGCCACGCGGGCUGGCGCGGGAUACGGCAGCAGAAGCAGUGUUGCCACUUGAUUGUAUUAAUGAUGCACCAUAUGCCAAAUUCUUUGCUGCUAAUAAACAACAGGUGCAUGACAUAUUGAAGAGGGAAAGGAUGGAAAUAGAAAACCAAAUAUUAGCAGAGAUAGAUACAACUGAGAUUGUAUUCAUGGAACAGGCAUUAGAGUUGUUAAGGGUGAAGGAGGAGUCAAUUAAUUUACAAUGUGAUGUCACUAAAAUUAAAGAAGAGGUGUUAGACGAUGCUCCGACAGUAUACGAGAAACAAGAAGUGAAUCAAAACAGGGUGGAUUGGUUUGAUGUGACAGAAGAAGGUGCUGCCUGUAUAGAUAUUGUGCAAGAACAAAUGCAGCAUUUAGAAGUGACUGAUGUUGGGUCCGGCUUAAAUCCAGAUGCACCCGAGUUCAAUUUAGAUAACGUAAAUGAAAAUCAACCUGAAGAGUUUCCGUUGAUUGAUUGCACUGAGGCUACUGAAGAGUUUAAAGAUAUUACUUUAACUGAUGCUGACAAGCAGAAUCAAGCUAAAUACUUCUACUUUUAUCAGGCUGCGGACGGCCAACAAGUGUUCCUGAACAGCCUGAACGUGCGGAUGCUCAACGCGGCGUGGGGUGCGCUCGCGGCCGCCCCGACAACCAUCGUCGGUCGCGUUCUGCAUCGAGAAACAUUAUCACUUGUUGAACAGACCAGAAAGCAUAUGCCGUACGCUGCCCACUUGCCACUCAAUUGUUCUUUUGACAUAGUGGAACUAGAUCUUAAUCCACCUCAUGUCACUGAAGCUGCAAUCAAAAACUUCUCGGAAGAGCUGGACCGUCGCUCCCGGCUGCGCGCGCGGCUGGCGCGGGACGAGCGGCGCCGCGAGCGCGCGCACCGCCGCGCCGCCGAGGGCCCGCCGCGCCCCGACCUCACGUCCGCGGAGCACUUCCCGCCGCCGCUCGGCAGCCCGCCCCGACCUGACCCCGUGCCGGGGUCUCCGCCGGACCCCACUCCGUCGCCGAGCGCCGUUCCCGCUUCCUCGUCGGGUUUAUCAUUUGCUAAGAUGGCAGGCACCUCCGGUACUUGGCGGGUGCGCCGCGUGUCGACCCCGCCGCCGGCGCCCCCGGUAGAGGGCUCCGCCCCCCGCGCGCUGGUGCUGAGCGACGCCAUCGAGGCCGCCCUGCAGUCCAACAUCUCUGCCCCGUCCUCAAAGAAAAACAAAAAGUCUAAACAUAAAGUUUUGUUUGCUACCGGUAUGCACCGCGCUGCAUAGACUGU